GGCAUGGUGAGUUAGGUUCCCAGUUGAUCAGAUCUCUCAGCUUGCCCUUGCAGUUCUGAUAAUAGCCCGGAUUUUUGGCGUACUACCCCUGGCCGGAAUAAAUCCUAAUGGCAAGCCGGAAAAUGUUCGCUUUCGCUGGUUUUCGCCAUACAUUCUGUUUUUCGUCGUGGCAUUCACAUUUGUAAUCGCUGACUUUAUGCUCUCAACUAAGAUUGUACUGAACGAUGGCCUUCAGCUGUAUACCAUGGGCUCUUUGAGUUUUAGUGUGAUUUGCAUAUUUUGUUUCGGAUCCUUUAUAAAACUGUCCCGUCGAUGGCCCCAUAUCAUCCGGGAAACAGCGCUAUGUGAGCGAAUCUUUCUGAAGCCCUGCUAUGCGAACCAGGAAGGACUCAAUUUCACCCGAUUUCUUAGGCGAUGGGCAUUGAUCCUUCUGGUGGCCGCUCUAUGUGAGCACCUGACCUAUGUGGGAAGUGCGGCUUGGAGUAACUAUGUCCAGAUUCGAGAUUGCAAUCUGAAGGUGGGAUUCGUGGAGAACUACUUCCUUCGCGAGCGUCAGGAGUUAUUCUCGGUUUUUGAAUACCGCGCCUGGAUGGUGUUCUUUAUCGAAUGGAACACCAUGGCCAUGACUUUUGUGUGGAACUUUGGCGAUAUUUUUCUGUUUCUCAUGUGUCGAGGCUUGAAGAUUCGUUUUCAACAGCUGCACUGGCGUAUUCGUCAGAAUCUGGGAAAGCCGAUGGCCAAGGAGUUCUGGCAGGAAAUACGUUCGGACUUUUUGGAUCUGGAUAGCCUGCUGAAGCUCUACGACAAGGAGUUGUCUGGACUGAUUCUGGUCUGCUGUGCCCACAACAUGUACUUCAUUUGUGUUCAAGUCUACCAUAGUUUUCAGGUCAAAGGAGCCUUUAUGGAUGAGCUAUACUUCUGGUUUUGUUUGCUCUAUGUGAUCAGUCGAUUGAUGAACAUGAUGCUAGCCGCUUCCUCGAUUCCCCAGGAGAUCAAGGAUAUAUCGAAUACCCUGUACGAGGUCCGUUCGAGUCCAUGGUGCGAUGAACUGGGUCGUUUAAGCGAAAUGCUUCGCAAUGAAACCUUUGCACUCAGCGGAAUGGGAUACUUUUACGUAACCCGAAGGCUCAUCUUUGCAAUGGCUGGUGCCUUAAUGGGCUACGAACUGGUGCUGUUCCGGCAAAUGCAAGGUGCCGUGGUGCAGAAAAGUAUUUGCAGCCGCGGACCCGGUUCCUCCAUGAGCAUUUUCUUCUCUUAGCCCCUCUUAGCACUUCAUUUUCAUUUAUAUAUGCGCCAUAAGUCCUUCUACGUCGUAUUUGCACAAGAUUAUGCACAGAUAAGCACACAAUUGGCAUGGGAGCCAACAAUUAGCGGUGACCAGUGAAAAUUUGCGGGCUUGCCACAUGUCUGCGGGGGAUUGGUUGUCAGUCGAGUACGGAACAUGGCCAGGACCACUGGGGAUCCUGCCAAGCGACGCAGGUGCAUGUCUCGCAUCAAGUUCUGGCGAAGAUCGCGCGUGGGCAGCGAAGUCGUUGAAAAAGAUACAAAGCGAUUUAAGCUUUCCUUGAUAAAAGCUUGGCUUCUUCGCAUCAGACAGGAGGAUUAUAAGUACAGUGGAUCUUUCCAGGAAGCCAUCAAGCCUGUCCUCAUAAUCGCGCAGAUCUUUGCUUUGAUGCCAGUUCGAAAAGUGAGCUCCAAGUUCGCAGAAGACCUAACCUUCACCUGGUUCAGCGUUCGAUCCUAUUACGCCCUGGUAACCAUCCUGUUUUUUGGUGUUAGCUCUGGAUAUAUGGUGGCCUUUGUGACAAGUGUGUCCUUUAAUUUUGAUUCGGUGGAGACCCUGGUCUUCUACUUGUCCAUAUUCCUUAUCUCUUUGUCGUUUUUUCAACUGGCCAGAAAGUGGCCAGAAAUAGCUCAGUCAUGGCAGUUGGUGGAGGCCAAGUUGCCGCCUCUGAAGUUGCCCAAAGAGCGCAGAUCCCUGGCGCAGCACAUUAACAUGAUCACCAUCGUGGCCACCACUUGCUCGCUGGUGGAGCACAUUAUGAGCAUGUUGUCCAUGGGCUACUAUGUCAACUCCUGUCCCCGAUGGCCAGAUCGUCCCAUAGACAGUUUCCUGUACUUGAGCUUCUCCUCGGUCUUCUACUUCGUGGACUACACACGCUUCCUGGGCAUUGUGGGCAAGGUGGUCAAUGUGCUGAGCACCUUCGCCUGGAACUUUAACGACAUCUUUGUGAUGGCAGUUAGCGUAGCUUUGGCUGCUCGCUUUCGUCAGCUUAAUGACUACAUGAUGAGGGAGGCUAGAUUGCCCACCACUGUGGACUAUUGGAUGCAGUGCAGGAUUAACUUUCGCAACCUUUGCAAGCUGUGCGAAGAGGUGGACGAUGCCAUAUCCACCAUUACAUUGCUCUGCUUCAGCAACAAUCUGUACUUCAUCUGCGGAAAGAUCCUAAAGAGUAUGCAGGCCAAGCCGUCUAUAUGGCAUGCCCUGUACUUCUGGUUCUCGCUGGUCUACCUACUUGGUCGCACCCUCAUCCUGUCCCUGUACAGCUCCAGUAUAAAUGAUGAGUCCAAGCGACCACUGGUAAUCUUUCGAUUGGUUCCCCGGGAAUAUUGGUGCGAUGAGCUAAAACGCUUUUCGGAGGAGGUCCAAAUGGACAAUGUGGCUCUGACUGGCAUGAAAUUCUUUCGGCUAACACGCGGCGUUGUCAUUUCGGUGGCCGGCACAAUUGUGACCUACGAACUCAUUUUGCUGCAAUUCAAUGGCGAGGAAAAGGUGCCCGGCUGUUUCGAAAACUGAAUUUUGUGGAAGUGGCAGGGGGUUAAGUCCGCAAAAUAUAUACUUUGUUGCUGUGUUGGUCCUUAAUUAUAGAUAAGUGCAAAAC